AUGACAUCUUCGACUACAAGUAAUAAUAAUAACACAAGUAAUGAUCAUUCAACAUCAACAACAACAAAUAAUGAAGAAUAUGAUUUAUAUAAACAUUCAAUUGUUAGAUAUUUAGGAUAUACUAAUGAAGUUGGUGAAGCCUUUAGAAGUUUUCUACCAAAAUCAAUUGUUAAUUUUACAUAUAUUGUUGCAUCGGGAUAUGCUCUAGCUGAUGCUGUUGAUAAAGGUUAUAAACAAUAUAAAUUACAAUCUAAUAAUAAUAUUACAUCAAAUAUUGAUAAUAAUAAUAUUGACAAUAUUAAUAAUAUUAAUAAUAUUGAUACUAAUAAUUUAACAAAAUCAUCAACAACAAUUAAUUAUAAACCAAUUAUUCAUCAUACAAGUGAUACAUUAAUAUGGCAAUUUUUUGCAUCAGUAACAAUUCCAGCCUUUUUUGUAAAUAGAACAUGUUCAAUAGUUAAAUAUUCAAUGAAUAGAAUGAAUUUAAGUGAAGGCUUUAAAAGAUCAAUUUAUUUCAAAUCAAUUCCAACAUUGAGUGGAUUAGCAAUCAUUCCAUUCCUACCACUAUUAUUAGAUCAUCCAAUUGAUUUAAUUUUAGAUAAAACCACUAGACCUUUAUUAAAUAAAUAUUUAAAAGAUUAA